CCAUUAAAGUUUUCAGAAGUCUAGUUAUGCAGGCAAGAUAUUUUAAUGCCACAUUUUUUAAGAAAAAGGGUAUCCUGGGCAAGAAUCUCAACAUAAUCAAAGAGAGGAAAUACCAUUAAUAAAUCAUAUCAAUCCAAAAUAUAAAAGUUUGGGGAAACCCAGAAUAGGUCAAAGUGUCCAAUUUUGUUCAAACUUCCAAUAGACCAUAUUUAAAGCUUUCAAAGAACUGCUGGGUCUUUCCUAUUUUGAAUUAAAGUAAAAACAUUGAUAACUGAUAUUGCCAGAAACUUGAUGGCUUUGUAUAAACCCAGCCUAAGCUGUAUGUGCAAUAGUAGGAGGAAAAUUCUGUAAUCUGUGGGCCGAGUAGCUGUUACAAUUUUAGUAUCCACAGUGAUCAAGGAAAUAGAUCAUAUAGGGGAAUCUUUGCUCACUGUAGGAAUAACAAUUAUAUUUCUCAUUAAAACUAGAAUUCUAUACCAGAUUUCAGACAUGGAACUCAGGCAGAGUUUGGAAAUUUGAAUGGAGAUUUUUGCUUCUCCUAAUUUCUAUUUCUCAAGAACUGAAGCACAGGUGUUUCUAUCUUGAAUUUUCAGCUUUAUGCUUUUCUGAUCAAUACAAAGAUUGGUGUUUCAGUGCACCCUUGCAAAAAUCCAGCCCAUUUUUCUUUAUUCCCUUAGAUAAGGUCAUCCAUCUCUUUUCAGUUCAAUACAUUUGACAGACAAAUCUCAAAUCCCUUCACUGCCUCAGAGCUGUCCCUGAAGAUGUAUUGAUUAUAAAUAAAAUAUGAUCACUAAUGGUGUUUUACUACUUUUAUGUUAAUUUGCUUACUUAUUUCUAUAUGGCAGAAAAUUCCUAAAAUGAGAGGAAAGAAAGACAGAUGGGAGAAUUGAGCUGCUGCAGAGGAACAGAUCUAUGAAACACAAUUCUGUCCUUGCUUCCACCAGGUUCUCAGGGGAGUGUCUUUCCUCUUUUGUUUAGGAUAAAUUGGUGUCCUGUUUCAGGUCAGCACACACAGGCACAGGAAGGUGAUUGCAACACUUUAUUAGAAAAUGGCUUGGUAAAGUAAAUACAAGUGCAAACACACACACACAUAGUAAAGCAACAAGUCCCAGUGCUUAGCAAGCUCGCCUUAGCGAGCACAGUCCAAAACAGCAGGCAGAGAGAGAGAGAGUAGUCAGGUGAAGUCAAAAGGUCAAAACUGGGUACAAGGUUUGUCAGCUGGUCCAGGUCUAGAGUUGAGGUCUUGAGGUUCACAGGUAAAAAAUCAAGGUGCAUGGAGCAGGGGUUAACAGACAGUUGUGGUCUACAGGGGAGAUGAACUUGCUGUUCCAUUUUAAUAAAAGCGGCCCCGGUAUAGCUCAUUUAGCAGGGCGAGACUCAUGAGUAAUCUCACAGAGCGCCUUUGCUCUGCUCUCUUUGCAGCCUGCUGAGCUCUUCUGUUGGGAGGGCACGGUAAUUCCUCUCCUUCAUCUUCGGAAAGCGGGGAUAGCUGUCUCUCAGGCGGCAGUCCAUCCAGUGCCUCUGGAACUGAUGGCCCCUUGUCUGUGGGCACUUCUGACGCUAACUGCUUGUCAGUCUCCUCCUCUGACUCCGAAUUUGAGCCCACCAUGACAAUUGGAUCAGUGCCAUGAUGCAAUCCCAAGUUUAAGAAUCAUCACUGAAGUUUGGUUUUGCAAAUAGCACUGAGCAGGCAAAUGAAUCAAGAUACUAGGGGAAGAGCAAGAAGUAAAAAAAAAGUCACUGGCACCACAUGCCUUGCAUGAGGCCCAACUUUCCUUUGUAAAUAAUGAAAGUUACUUUAAUUUAGCACAACAAAUCAACAGGGAAAAAAUGAAAGUUGAGAUGGUUGAAAUUCUACCAGUUUCCACAUUUUGCAAUAGGUACCAACCUCAAUUCCAUUGCUGGUUCCGUCAUUUUCUUGGAUAGCAUCUAACUGAAUGAGGCUCAAGCCCUCUGCCUGGCACCUCUCCUAUUCACAGAGGCAUUUUCUUUCUUUUGUAGUUGACCAAAGUAUGUUUGAGAAUUCAAACACUACCCUGGCACCAAAGUUGCCUGUUGCCAAAUCUGCCUUCCGGUCCUCCACUGGUACAAAUCUACGAGUUCAGCCAGAGUGGAAAACUGGCAGCCAACACAUCAAAAACCUCAGCAUGACUGUUGGUGCAAAAGUCAGUGAUUUCCUGCGCAGGAAAGAGCCUGCGAAUCAUAGCAUCUUUGGGGUAACAGAAGUCAAUGAGCGUGCAGGGGCAGCCCUCUCAUGUGGACAAGGCACAUUGCUGGGAGGUCAGGACCAGGCAAAUGGGCAGACACCAGCAAGUACCAUUCCACGGCUUAAUCCACCCCCACUGAGUACCAAAAAGCGCACUCCAAGAGCUCUGAAAACCACUCAAGAUAUGCUGGUUGCUUCCCAGCCACAGAUGGGGACCACAAAAACCUCACUUCCUGAGGAAGGCCGGGAACUUCAGUGCCCACCCACCAAGACAGAGGCAGCUUUUAGAGAGAUUAAUUCGUUGACACAGGUGGAAGUUGGAACCAGCUGUAAUAGGGCGUUUGAUGUGCCUGAUCUCAUUCAUAAGGAGAACUUGGAGCCCAAACAAAGUGCAAUUCACAGUAUAUCUUCUUCCACUCACCCAGAAAAUGUGGCUCUUAGACUCGAUUUAAGUGCUAGCAAAAGCCUUCCUGAACACCAAAGCUGCAUAGACCCUUCAGAAGCAAAGUCGCCAAUCUUGGAAAGUGAAGGCCAUAGCCCAGACUUGUUGUCUUUUGAGUAAAACAUCUGCAGCUGUGCCUCAUUUUUAUAGCCAAAAUGGUCAUUGUAGCAGUUUCUUUAUGAAAACUUCCUGAGCCAGGUGUUGGAAUUGACCCCACAUUCCCUGAAAGCAGCUUUCUAUUCUCAGGAAGUAGUGGCAGGAAGCAUCUUGAGGAAAAAGUGGGUCUCUUUUCCAAGACAUUUCUUGCAUUCAUCUAGCCAUGGGAAUGUACUCCGCAUGCUAUUUCUGCUUUAGUCCCUUGUAUAGACUGUCUGGGCACAGCCUCAAUAAAGAUGAUCUGCACAACCUGAAUGUGAGAAUUGGUAGUGGUGAGGCUGUAACCCAAUUAGAGCAUUCUUGAUAUAUUCUUCAAAUGCACUUUCAGAUACCUGCAGGACAAAAAUGAUUCCAAAAUGAAAUUGCCUUGCAUGAGCAGAACAAAAAAUGCAGCAGGACUUUAUGUGAGACUCUCCAUGCUGGAUUAUGAUCACUACAGACGUUUCUUGUUUUGAAGUUUUACAAGAGUUGUUAAAGUGCAAUUGAAAGUCAAAGCAAUAUUUGCUGGAGGGGUUUAGGAGGAGAAUGCACUCUGGUCCAAAAAUAAUGCUAUGUUCUCUUCAGUUGCCUGUGAAGAAACUUCUGAAUGUAUUGUCCUUUCCUUAGCCAUUGUUCUGUUUGCCAUGAAUGGAGAGGUUUUGGGCUCCUGCUACAUAUAUAAAACAGCUUCAUUAACAAAUAUUUUAGUUCCUGAAGAUGAAAAACAACAAAAUCUGUGUGCUCACCUCCCUCAGAGGCAGUGGAGAAACUAAAUAUGGGCCUUUUCUGACUUAGAUCAACACCUCCCUUGUCUGUCUGGGCUGGGUUUGACUUCCAUAAAUGUGAUGAGAUUCUAUCCAGAAAUCCAGCUGGAGUUCUGUCCAUUCAGGUGCCCAGGGAUCUUUAUCUUGUUUUCCUUUCUCAAAAAGCACAGCAGAAAACCUAGACUUGAUCCAAUGUGGAGAAACUCUUAUAGAGCAGUAUGGUGCUUGAGUGCCUCCCUUUGCCUGCCACUCAUGUAUCUGGCAGGAAGAACCAUCUUUGCUAGUGAGCCUCUCUUCUCGUCCAUCAUAUAACCAUUAGUUCAGGCCUUUGUGUCUGUGUCACUUGCUAUAUAUGCUCAACAGUGGGCAUCUGAAACCAAAGAAGUAGGUCGAUGAACUGAGCACACUAUACUGAAAUUAAUCUGCUCUCGGUUGCCUGUAUACCUGGUAGAACAGUUCUAAAUUUAUCUGCAAAAUUGAAAUAGGGUGGGGAGAGAUUGCCAAUGGCCCUUUCCAAUGUAUUUCUUCUGUAUACACAUAUAGGUUGAUAGCAUGAAUAUCUAAAAGUACUAUUUGAACAUGUCAGUUAAAUGGUAUCAACCUCAUAUAGGAAUACUUCCAAAUUUGAAUAGCAACACAAGUGCUUGUAUUAUUUUGAAUACUAGAGUCAGCUGGGAAUCUGGCUUUUUGUCAAGCAAAUUCCCUUAUAUUUUUGCAUGUUCACUUCUAUUAUUACUCUAAUUCCUAUCGUUGUUUUUCUGACAGAAAUUCUUUAUCAAAUUGAGAUAAAUAUGCAUGAAUAUCUGAAAGUCAGUGAAUGUCCUUGUUUGAAUAUCCAAAGUAAAAAAUUUAAAUAACAUGCAGUCAAAGGAAUACUUAACAAUAACUGACAGUUGAAAUAGAUUUUACACUUGAAACCUACUGAAAUCAAGAAAUGCCAUAGAAAUCUCAAAUUUAAAAUUUUCACUUUGGAUGAUCAAACAAGGAAAUUCACUGAUUUUGUAUCAAUGCACACAAUCAUUGUGUAAUUUAUUCAAUAUCAGCUUAUUGUAUGAUGAUUGAUACCAACUGGUUUUCAAAAUGUCUGGCAGGUUACUGUGGAUUCUUUGGAAGCAUCUUGUCUCUUCCUAGGUGUAUAAAUAAGCGUCCGUGAAAGACUGCUUGCUGACUACUGCACUGACCUUCCAUUCCAAGGUUUAGCUACAAAAGAAUGUUGAGUGUUUUUGUAGACAUGUUCUAUGUUUAUGGUGGAUCAUACUGAAUUUAAAAGUGACUCCAUGUGAACUGAGCUUAUACCCCAAGAUAAGCCCAAAUCAUCUGCUGCUAGUAGAGGAUCCUUGAUAGUUCCACUAAGAUGGAAAGUAUUGCUUGAAAGAAGAGAACUAGAAACUCACCCUGACACUCUACUGCUGUUUUAGUUCUCAGUGCAAUCAAACACUAAAUAACAUGUUUGAUUACUGUCAAUUAUCAACUACUGAAAUAAAAUACCACUAAAUGUCAAAUAAGGACAUCAGUUGUUUGAAGAAUACAUCCUCAGCAAAGAUUGUGAAGAAUAAUUAUGAGAAUUUUUGAAAGGAAAUUCAUUUUUGCUCUGUUCUGUGCUCUUAAUGCCAGGCAGAAAUUCAGCAGAUGAAGCUUUUUCCAGUGUUGCUGCUAGUUUAUUCAAGAAAUGGUGGUUCUUGAAUUGUUACUACAAAGCUAUUAAUAGCACACAGCUUUUAUUGGAAGGCUGGGGGAGGGAAAGCCAAUUUCUAUACAGAAACUAAAAUCCCACUGAAAUCAAGGUGGUUUGAGUCCACACAGGUGUGUGUUAUGAGCCAGCCAUCCAGCUCCCUGUCAGCUCUAAUCAGCCCCUGAACAAGGUCAUCUGCUCUCAUGGGGUUAAAUAUCAGUAUGCUGAUGAUACUUGAUUUACCUCUCACCCUUGGGCCAAACAGGAGAUCCUGUUGAAAUGCUGUCCAGAUGCUUGGAGGCUGUUCAAGUCUGGAUGAGGAGGAAUGGGUUGAGGCUUAAUCCCAGCAAGAUGGAUUGGCUCUGGGUUUGUAAGCCCUCCUGGUUCCUGAGAGAUUCCAACCUUGAUUCUUGAUGGGAUAGUGUUCCCCUGAACUGAAUUAGCUCAUAACUUGGGAAUCUUCCUGGAAUCAUAGUUCCUGCUCAAGGAGCAAGCGGCAAAUGGGUACACCAGUUACGACCCCUCCCAGAAUGAAAGACUUUGCUUGCAUCAUUCAGGUCUUAGUCACCUCUCUACUGGAUUGUUGUGCUUUUCUUGGGGCAUUUGGAAACUACAACUAAUGUGGCAGCCCAAGUAAUCACAGGCACCUCUCAUUGCACCCAUAUAACUUCUGGUGUGCUGGUUAUCAGUUGGCUUCUGGGUGUAAUUCAAGGUGCUGGUUGUCACUUUUAAUGCCUUUUGUGGUUCAGGCCUGGAUAUCUGUGAGUCUGCCCUCUCCUAAUAACAUCUGCCUGACUGACAAAAUCAGGUAGCUGAGGCUCUCUCCAUGUCCUCUUGCUCAAGGAGUGCCACCUGGAGGGGCCACAGAAGCAUGAGUUCUCUAUUGCUGCCAUCCUAUGGAACAGCAUUUUCUGGACUUUCAAUUCUCUUUUGGCAUUUAGGAAGUCUACUGAGACCUACUUACUUAAGUAGGCCCAGGGGUUUGAAUGACUUUUCCCUCAAGCAAUUGGAAAUUAUUGUUUUGCUGAUUGUGUUUUAUUCCUGGGUCUUAUAUAGAUUAUUUUAUUCAUUAAGUUGUAUGGCUAUAUGCUGUCUGUUGUUUUGCUUUUAUCCCAACUUACGAAGGGGGAAUUGUGCACAGCUUACAGUCUAUGGUGACUGGAGCAGUCUAUAAGCCCUGCAAACAAACAAAUAAUCAAAGUAUACAUAUAAAUUGCUGGAUUAUGGGCUUAAUAUGAAUGUUUUAGACACAGUUUAAAGUAAGAAGUUAAGUGGAAAUCAUCAUGUAGCACUGUCCAUUGCAUGUUUACACAGAAUGCUGUGGUAUAUAAAAAUAAGCAUGCCAGGGCUACAGUUUAAAUUUCUUGAGAAGACUAUCUACUGAAGUAUGUGCAUUUUCAGAUGUCUAAUGCUGAAACUCAGUCCCCUGUUUUAGACAUGUAUUGUAUACUUCUCUAGGAAAUUUAUAAUGUACUUAAUUUUUUAGAAUAUGCCCAGUAAUCAUUGUGACUAUGUAUUGCCUACGGUAUUUUGUUGUGCCUGUCAGUGGCAAUUGCUGGGGAACAAGGGGGGCUGCGGUGAUGGUGCUAUUGCACUCAAGUUCUGCUUAGCAACCUUUUAGGGACAUUUCUCUGGUUGGCCAUUGUGUGAAGAGAUGCUGGGAGAAAUGGGCCUUUGGUCUGAUCCUGCAGGACUUGUACGUGGAUACAUAGAAACUUAAGACAAAUUCACUGUUUUAAUGAAGGAGAAUCCGCAAUAGAAGUAGCAGCUAAAAUCAUGCUUUUUAAAAAUAAUAACUUAAACCCUUUUAGUUCUAUAAUCUAAAUUAGUAAAGGAAUAUGUGCAGGUUUUAUCUAAUUCAGAUUGUACAAUAAAACCUUUGUUGCAUCUUA